GAAAGAAGAAAUGAAAUGUUCCAUUCACCAACAAUGCAAAUGGAAGACCAAGAACUGCAUGGAUGCAUAGACGAUAUCAUAGCAAUCCUUAAAGAUCCGAAAGAACUAAAAGCAAGACAAGAUGCUAAAAGAGCUGUCUCCAAGCUGAAAGAGUUGAAGCAGCAGAACUUUAUCAUAACAACGCACAACGAGGCUGAAGUAUGUCGUGAUGCUCUAGCUGCCAUAACCAACAAAUCGGAGGAACUGAAACAAAUGAUUCAAGAAGCGAAACAAGACAUUGAUAAUAAACAAGCAGAUGCUUCUAAAUCUAUUGAUGAUAAAGCACACACAGCUGCUCUUAAAGCGUUGACAAACCACAAUGAUAUCCAAUCUCUUAAACAAACGGUUGAAUGGUUGAAUGGAAGAAUACGCAAUCUUGAAUUGGACAACUCUAUGUUCAGACAGGAAAUAUCCGUUAUAAAAGAGCGGCUUAACGAAAUAGAUAACAACAUUGACACACUGCAAACUGCAAGAGAACAACAGAUAAAACGACUGAAGUAUGUGGAAGAGAAACAAGCACUUCAGAAAGGUUUGGUAGAAUUUUAUCGGCGCCAUUACAUAAAAACAUCGAUUUCACCUCUUAAAAUCCAACAGAACAACAUCUGCAUACAGGAAGUCUAUAUGAAACCCAAAAUGGCAAUUGCAGAGGAAACAAAACCCAAUGGUAGAAAACAGGACGAACAUUUCACGCGCACGAAGGAAAGCAAAUCUAUACAUAGGUAUCAUGAAAUAUUCAAAACUCAUGGGCGCAGACAUAAAGCAAUCUAUGUGUUGGGUGAUGUUGGAACUGGAAAAAGUUCUUUCUGCAAAAUGAUGAUUCAGAAUUGGUGUAAAGCUGUAACUGAUACUUCAAUCAAUAGUGUGACCUAUAAUGAGUAUUACCAUUCUAGCGAGUCUGAUGCCUAUGGUAGAUAUGAAAAUACAGACACAUCGGAUGACAGUGAUAGACAUGAAGAUACAGAUGGCAGUGACAGAUGUGGAGGUACGGACGACUCUGAUUCCAGUGAUGAGUCAAGGAAAUCUGUUGGUAGAGACAGUGACUUGUCGUCUGCGUCUAAUGCAGGAUCAUUGUCUGAUACUGAAUCUUAUCAUAGUGAUAACCAAUCUUCUGGCGCAGUUGAUGAAAAUAUCAACGAAAUGAGAAAUUUUGAUUUUCUUUUCUUUAUACCCCUGCAGAAAAUGUCAGGAGUGAAUGAAUUAACAGAAAUGAUUAAAGCAAUUGCUGGAACCUCUGAUUUUAUGUCAAUUGAUCUGAUAGAAACAAUUUUCGAGCAAGAAUCCGAACGUUGUCUGAUUUUAGCUGACGGCUUAAAUGAAUGGACUCCUCCACAAAAUGAAAAUCCUUUACCACAUGUCAGUUAUGGGUUACCAAAUAGAUACAAAAUAAGAAAUGCCACAUGCGUCACUCUUUCUCGACCAUUGGCUAAAGGAGUUCUUAACAUGAAGUCUUCGGAAUACGAUCAGAAGGUGCAGUUAUUAGGAAUACACAUGGCAUCUGUAAAAUGUUUCAUUGCAAAAUACCUAUCAGCCUUCAACGCAGACGAUCGGUCUGUAACAACAUUUAUGAAGAAAAUAAAAACAGACGAACUUUCGCAUCUAGAGAAUACUCCUCUGCUUUUGCAACAACUCAUGUGGUUAUACUGCACGGGUCAUGAAAUUGGAAAAUCUAUCAGCGAUACAUACAGUCACCUUGUGAAUGUCAUGCUUGGUUGGUCACAGAACAAAGAAGAGGGAAAGGAAAUGGAACAAGAUCAAAUAAGAGUUCCAAAACAAGAUAAGCAUGUGCAGCAGCUACCUAGCCUUUUACAAAGAUUUCCAAGAUGUGAAUCAAACAAGCGACUUCUACUUCUCUAAGCAAAAGUGGCUUUUGAUGCAUUGCCGUUAGAAAUGGGAUCAAGUACAUUUAGUCGAACGCAUCUUCAGAAGAGAGGUUUGUCAAACGAGGAAAUAAAUUCACUCCUAAAGUUUGGUAUUCUUGUUGAGGAGAAUUGCUUUGAUCCUACAAAGGAAAAUACUAAGUUAGAAUUUAUCCACAUAUCGUAUCUUGAGUUUUUCGCGGCAGUAUAUUUGUCCAGCUAUUAUUAUUAUGAAGAUCAGUUCUCUGGACCUGCUCUGACACCAACAAAACAGAUAAUGGCUCUCUUGAAAGACCUAUUUCUGAAGUAUAAAACAGCUGCCGACAUACUCCAGUUUUCAAACUUUCUUAAAAUGAUGUGUGGAUUAUCUCCAUUCAUGAUAUCAAAACUGUCAAAAUUAAUUUCAGAUGUUGUAUAUAGGGAUGAAAGUAUUGAAACGUACAGGAACUCUUUAUCAGAUGAGGAUUCGUUGUACAAUGAAAGGCAUGUACAUCAGAUCCAGCAACUUAUAUUCAACUGCAUGUCUGAGUGUGAUUUAGAUGAUCAGCCGCUCAUUAGUCUGUGCGAUGUUGUCAUGCACGGCAACACAAAUGUGUCUUUUCUACAAAGGAUAAUACCAGACACUGUAUUAUGCUUUUAUGCUGAGUAUAUCUUAGACGGAAAAGUUUGGAGAUGGAUUGCACGAUUGCAACAACUGCAAUAUAUGUACAUUGGUUGUAGUUGCUUACCGCAUAGUAAGAUGGUAUUGCUAUCUGCGUUAAUAAAAGAAGCUCCUUUAAGAUGCCUCACACUUGUCCGUGUAGUUUGCUCGGAAUCUGAUUGUGAAGGUCAUAAUUUGGAUCUGUAUAAACAUGAUCAGCUUCAGAAACUUGAGCUCAGAAGAUGUGACCGUAUGGCCAUUUCUGACAUAAACACUAAACGUCUCGAAAUUUUCAACUGGAAUUCUUUCUGUACUUACUCAUUAAAUGAAAAAAGCUUUCCUAAAGGCCGCUGUUUAAAAGAACUUUACCUCAAUGGUUAUCAAAAGAAACCUUUUAAAUACACCAAACAUGUGGAUUCAGUUAUAAAGACAUUGAGACAACUACGGACACUCAGAUUACGUGAUGUAGAUAUUGCUGACAAUACUCUCAGUGUUUCAUAUGGGAUGAAACAUCUUGAACAAAUUGAGAUACGUUAUGUCGCGAUGAGCCUUGAAACAUGGUGUAGAUUCGUUGAUAGUCUUUGUGAUCUUCGACAAUCUGUUCAAGUGGAUGUCACUAUCGAAGCACUUGACUGUUUCAAAUUUAAAGAAAGUCGAAAUUAUGUAAGGAAGAAUAAAGACAAGUUUAGAAUGAUCAACGAUAAGUUGCGCAGUUUCAAGUUUAGUACUAAGAAGUAAUUGUAUCAAGCUUAAACGUUUCAAAUCCUAGGGACGUUGUGGAAUGAAAACUGAAACAUGUAUAAUGCCCAAAGAAAGUGAGAACGGAAUUCUUUUUAAAGCGUAUUAUGUUCACCUUACAAUUGUCUAAAAAAUGAAAACUUUGCUUGGGAAUGCUUUUAUUUAAAAGUUAAUGCUUUUGUUAUUGCUAUUAUUAUACAAAUAGCAUCUAAAUGUGAUACGACACUUACUGACAGCUGUUUACUUCACGAAUUUAUCUUAAACAUAGGAAGUGUGGCAAUAUUAAUAUAUAUAGGACAUUGUGUUGAGUGAUGUUAAGGAUUAAGGAUUAAGAGCAAGGUGUAGAAAAGAUCAAGUCUGAUCAGACAAUUAAACGGAAGCUUAAAAGGGACAAUAUUUUAAUGUGAAGAUUUAACUAGAAGGAACCAGAAAAAUGGGUGUGGACAUUAUGACAUAUAGAAUACGAAUUGGUAAUAUGAAUUUCAGAAAAAAUAUAUAUUUCAGAACAAAUGUUAGCACAAGCGGGUGGUGUAGAAACCUGGGCCUUUAUCGGAAAACAGAGAAGACAAAAUUCUGGGAACAAUAAGUGCCUUAGAAUGUCGAUUAAUGGAUCAGUUGAAGGUAGUCCAUGAGGAACUUUCUGACAUGAAGCGAGAUGUGUCUGAAGUAAAAAAUCAAUGUUUAGAAAAUAAAAAAGAAAUAAAGAGUAUGAGACAAAACCAGACAAAAAUUACAAAUAACAUGGAAGUUAUGAAACAGGAAAUGACGCAUUUAAGAGACAAAAACUUAAAGACUACAACUUGAUGCGGAGUAUUUAGAGGAACAGGUUGACAGAAAAGAUAAGAAAAUUGAAAAAACAGAAGAAGACGUAGAACGGUUAGAUAGAGAAUCAAGAAAGAGCAGAAUGAGAAUCUUUGGUUUGCCAGAGGAACCAGAUGAAAAUGAAAAAAAUCAAUGUUUAGAAAAUAAAAAAGAAAUAAAGAGUAUGAGACAAAAAAACCAGACAAAAAUUACAAAUAACAUGGAAGUUAUGAAACAGGAAAUGACGCAUUUAAGAGACAAAAACUUAAAGACUACAACUUGAUGCGGAGUAUUUAGAGGAACAGGUUGACAGAAAAGAUAAGAAAAUUGAAAAAACAGAAGAAGACGUAGAACGGUUAGAUAGAGAAUCAAGAAAGAGCAGAAUGAGAAUCUUUGGUUUGCCAGAGGAACCAGAUGAAAAUGAAAUCAGGCUUAAAGAAGCAGUUGUAGAAAGCGUCUUAAAAGUAGCAUGUCCAGAUAUAGAAUGGGAAUCAGAUGAUAUAAAGUAUACAUUUAGAAUUGGUAAUACAUAUGAACGCACGUAAGAGAUAUAUGUGCGUUAAACAAAACACUUCAAAUGCGGCUGUGUUAGGAGACUGUGGUCGUUAUCCACUGUUUACAGCGGCAGCCAAACACUGUAUAAAGUAUUUGUUGAAAAUACUAAAAAUGCAGAAUUAUAGACUUGUAAAAAAAUGUUAUAAUAUGAUGUUAGUAUUUGACGAGAUGGGUAAAACAACAUGGGCUAUUGGUAUUAAGGAUCUAUUAAAUAUUAACGGAUUUGGAUAUAUGUGGAACCAACAGUUAGUUACCAAUGAAACAAUGCUUAUCAAGUCAUUUGUUAAUCGGUUGUGUGACCAGUACAGACAAAAUUGGAAUAGUCAUAUAAAUAACAGCCCUAAGUUAUCGACCUAUUGUUUGUUUAAGUAUGACUUUAAACAUGAAGAGUACUUAUCUGUAAUUACAAUACGUAAAUUUAGGAAUGCCUUAGCAAAGGUACGUACAUCCUCGCACGAUUUAGAAAUAGAACGAGGGAGGUAUAAUGAUACAACAAGGGAGGAUCGUAUAUGUAAGAUAUGCCAGAUGGCAGUUGAGACAGAAUAUCAUUUUAUUAUGGUAUGCCCUAUAUACGAUGAUAUAAGACUGCAGUAUUUGCCGGCAAAAUAUUACACAAAUCCAACUGUACAUAAAUUUAAUAUUCUUAUGAGUACAAGGUCUGAGAUAUUGUUAAAUAAUUUUGCAAUAUUGAUAUACCAUGCUUUCACAAAACGAAAAGCAAAUUUGUAAUAGAUAAAAUAUUUUUUGCUGAUGCUAUUUUGUUAAUGAUGCUUAAUGAUACAAAUAUGGCACCUGAUUUGAACCAGUGAUAACUUUAUGAAUGUAUAUUAUGUGAUAAGUAUAGCUUUCAUGAUUACAAGAUAUUAAAUUGUACAUUUUACAUACAAUGUAAUGUAAUAAAAAAGUUGUCAUGUUCUUAAGAAUACCAUAUGUAAAUGUAUGUAUUACAUGGAUACAAUAAAUUUGAUCUUAUCUAAAAUAAUUGCUACAGGUUACAUCGUUAGUUUUCGUUUCUAUAAAGAUGACCAUUUUUUAGAAAUUUAUAAGAAUAUUUCUUUAAAUUUGAAAUGUCACAGGCUUUAAAAAAAUUUGUGCAAUCUCAUAAAAUUAUUAUGACAACAAUUACAGCUUUUACGUCUUGUAUAUUCCUUUGUUUCAAAUGAUUGCUAUUGCUGAAAUAAAUUUCAUUUUAAACACUGAAAUGACAAGUCUAGUGAUAAAAACAGUUAAUCUAGUAUGUAGUUAAUACAUUAUUUUUCCUUGUGUAUAAUAAGUAAAAAUAUUCAGAUACUAUUUCUGUUACAUUCAAACACAUAAUAAAGAAUUAGGCUAAUAUUUAUAUGUCAUAAGUUUAUAUCCAAUGUUUUGGAGAGAUACAUACAUCUUUGUUAAUAUUUGUAGAUAUAAUACAUGUGUAUAAGUGAUAAUAAAAUAAUUUAUUAUUAUACUAUAUCUAUCUUUAGUGUACCUGUACAUUUGUCUAAAAUGUCUUUCUGUACUGCAUUAUAUUGUUAUGGGCCGGUGGCCAGUAUCAAAUAAACAUUUUGUCAUUGUCAUUGUCAUUGUGAUUGAAUGAAUAAUCAAUACAAAGCUAAACAAUGGAAGCAGAUGUUACUCAGUUAAUAUUGCAGAUGUUUUGCUAUAAUAUAAACAUUAUAUCCCAACUACAAAUUUUGUUCAACUUCUAGCUUAGAAACUAGCAUCCAAACAUCCAAACAAAAUAAUACAUUAUUUAGUGCAGUUUGUCUAUCAUUGUCAUCUAUCGUUAUAUUAAAUCGCAAUAAAUCCUAUGCAAAGGUUACAAAGUUUGUAAAUUUAAAAAUAUAAAAUGAGGUACAUAAAAGAAAAUAAAUCAAGAAUAAAAA